AUGCCGCCGCAGCAGGAGGGCGAGGCGGGCUACAUCAGCAAGCCGGUGCCGGGCGGCUGCGAGGUGCCGCCGGUGCCCCCGCGCAGAGUGCGCAGCGGGCGGGCGGCGGCGGCACUGGGGGCGGCGCUGGGCGGCCGCUGCCGGGCGGCGGGGAGCGGGGCCGGGGCCGCAGCGGGGAACGGGGCGGGUGCAGGAGCCGAGCCCCGGCGCAGCAUCAAGUGUGUGCUGGUGGGGGACGGCGCCGUGGGGAAAACCAGUCUGGUGGUGAGCUACACCACCAACGGGUACCCCACCGAGUACAUCCCCACUGCCUUCGACAACUUCUCCGCCGUGGUGUCUGUGGAUGGCAAGCCGGUGCGACUGCAGCUCUGUGACACGGCUGGGCAGGAUGAGUUCGACAAGCUGAGGCCUCUGUGCUACACCAACACAGACAUCUUCCUGCUGUGCUUCAGUGUUGUCAGCCCCUCGUCCUUCCAGAACGUCAGCGAGAAGUGGGUCCCUGAAAUCCGAUGCCACUGCCCCAAGGCGCCCAUCAUCCUGGUGGGGACGCAGUCGGACCUCCGGGAGGAUGUCAAGGUGCUCAUCGAGCUGGACAAGUGCAAGGAGAAGCCGGUCCCAGAGGAGGCCGCAAAGCUCUGUGCCGAGGAAAUUAAAGCCGCGUCCUACAUCGAGUGCUCAGCUUUGACUCAGAAAAACCUCAAGGAGGUCUUUGAUGCAGCCAUCGUGGCUGGAAUUCAGUACUCAGAUACCCAGCAGCAGCCAAAGAAAUCCAAGUGUAGGACUCCAGACAAGAUGAAAAACCUCUCUAAAUCCUGGUGGAAAAAAUACUGCUGUUUUGUAUAGGAGUUGUGAGGACCCGAGUGCUGCUCUGAGGAAAUCAAAUAGAAGCUAUAUUAGCUGAAAUCUCAUUCUGUGUUGUCUGGAGUGUAUAGCUUAGGUCUGUAUGUAUGUGUAUAUGUUGCUACUUGGUAUCUCCGUUGCCCUCAAGAGGGUGGCAGAAGGAUUUGUAGUUAAAAUCAUGGCUAUAAAUCAA